AUGACUGUUAUCUGUGUUCCGUGCUGUGGAAUAAAUCGGCGGUGUUAUAGAAGAGGUGCUGUUAGUCCUCAACAGAAAGCUGUAGUGGAUAGUAGUUUGCCUGUUGAAUUAUUGCCAUGUGGUCUAGUUGUCCGUAGUAUUGGUUAUCGUGGCGUCCGUAUUGAUCCAGAUUUACCAUUCGACGAACAGCACGGAGUUAUUCAGUGCAAAGACAACAAUGGUCGUGUAGUCGAUCUACCUCAGGCUUCAUAUGAUUUUAUUGUGAGCCCAAUGUAUUGUGUUGGGUGGAUUAAACGGGGUCCUGUUGGUGUGAUUGUAGACACAGCUAUAGAUGCUCGUCAAACAGCUGAAACAAUCAUGAGUGAUUUGUCUGAAUUGGAAAGACAUAAACAUUCAGACAUACUGAACAAGGCUGGAUUCAGCAUAAUUCAACGUCGUCUCAAUGAAAAAAUUUCUCCAAAUAUUCAAACUUCUGUUUGUGUUCCUGACCGUUCAACAAAUCUCUCAUCAUCCACACUCACUCCACCGCAGGCUCAUACAUGUACUUCGGAGUUAACCGAUGGUCAACAAGCUGUCGAUUUGCCUCUCACUGGCAUUCUAAAACGUCCUCUUAAUGAUGAAUCAUCUUCUAUCAUCCAAGAUGCUACAAAUAAUCAUGACUUCAAGCGCUCACGUCUUUCACCUGGUGGUGAUGCAUUCACUAGCAUUCCAUCAAACUCUAUUGAGCAUUCCUAUAUUCAGAAUAAAUCCCCUGGGACUAGCGGUGGUGGAGAUGAUAACGGCUCGAAACGUGAUUUAUCCUCAUCAAGAUGUGUGUGGAUCAGCAAUGUUCCUCAAGGUGUUCGAGCAUUAGAUGUCAAAGAAAUGUGUUCACCUUAUGGGAAGGUUCAAAGCAUAAAAAUUGUCAAGAGUAAAAAAAGUCGAUCGCCGUCUAUUUUCGCUUAUCUAAUCAUGGAAACUUCAGAAGCUGCAGUCCGUCUUGUACAAGGUUUACAGGGGGUGAAGUAUUGUCAGAAUGAAUUGAAAGUCAAGCAGAUUAAUGCAAUUCGUUUCCCCUAA